CUCGCACCGACCGACUUGCCGUCCUCAGUCCACCAUGAAGCUCUCCUUCGUCGUCGCCUGCCUCGUGUGCGCGCAGCUGGCCCGGGCGCAGUACGAGGAGGAGGCAAGUGAGAUUGCGCCGUACAAUGUCACCAGGGAGGGCGAUGGCUACGAAGUGCGCGCGUACCCCGCGGCCAAGUGGGUCUGCCACAGCCAGGUCCAGCAGGCGGCCAGCAGGCGCAAGGACACGCGCGCCUUCUUCGCCCUCUUCCGCUACAUCGACGGCGGCAACGAAGCAGAGGCUAAUAUCCCGAUGACCGCGCCCGUCAGCAUGAAGAAGACGCCCAUCGACGACAAAGUUGACGCCCAGAUGUGCUUCUACCUGCCCGCCGCCCACCAGGCCAGCCCGCCAGCGCCCACUAACGCUGAACUGUACAUCGAGGAGCGCCCCGCCUUCACCGCCUUCGUCAGGACCUUCGGCGGCUUCGCGAACAAGGAGCGCGUUUGGGAGGAGGCUUCGGAGGCCCUUAAGGUCGACCUCGAGGCAGCGCAGGAGGACGGAGUCGACUUCUCCUUCUUCUACAGGGCUGGCUAUGACUCUCCGAUGAAAUUAGAAAACCGGCGGAAUGAGGUUUGGUAUCUGAAGAAUUAAAAAUGUAAUGAAGCAGCCUUCAUCUCCACUACUGUUAGAGUCACGUUAAUCGUUGUCAUACAUAAAGACAGACGCAUACUGAAUGGUAACGUGUUAAAAGGAUUUGUUUACCUUUUUCGCCAUCCUUUCUGUAUGUAAAUGCUAAGAUGUUGCUAAGGAAUCGCUGAUGUUUUUAGUAUCUAUCUCUUCUGAAAUUGUGAUUAAUAAGAAAUAUUUAAACCUAUUGCAAAAACGGUGCUGAUUAUUAUUGUUAUAUUUGUUCCUGUUACUUCUUUAGCAUCAUUACCAGUCAUCUUUUGUUAUAGAUGUAUUUACAUGUAUAAUAGAUGUUUAAUAAAUACGUGUAAUUCUUCU